CGGCAACAAAUUGGCCCCCCGCCUGCCCUGCUCCUCCUGCUGCUUGCUUCCAUCAUCGUCAUCGCCCUCCAAGAUUUGUCAAUCUGCAUAUCCCAAAUAGAUCUCUUUCCCACACAGCCUCUCGUUGACUCCCCUGCGCUGAUUUCGCAAUCGCGGUCCUUUCUCCAAUUGGUAAUCCUCUCCGAAAACGCCAGAAGCCUGAGCAUCCAGACCGUGCGGCAGUCCUCCCUGGGGUUUUAUCAUAUAAUAGUCCCCCCCUCCUUCUGCCGCCCUCACUUCCAAAGAAACAUCUUUUAGACCAGACACUCCCAGAACAUAUCAAAUACCGCCACAAUAGCUUCCUCAAUCUUCUCCCCGUUCCGCACCAUCGUCCGCACCUUUUUCAGCGCGCCGUCAGUAUCACCCGCCGCCAUGUCCGCCGCCAAACAAAAGGCCCAGCAGAUCAUCGACGAGAACCCCGUCGUGGUCUUCUCCAAGAGUUACUGCCCAUACUGUCGGGCAUCCAAGACGCUGCUGAAUGAGCUGCACGCCAAAUACUAUUUGCUCGAGCUGGAUGAAAUUGACGAUGGCGCCGCACUUCAAGACGCUCUCGAAGAGAUCACCGGCCAGCGCAGUGUCCCCAACAUCUUCAUCGACCACAAGCACAUUGGAGGCAACUCGGAUUUGCAGGCCAAGAGAGGCCAACUUAACGAUUUGUUGAGCGCUGCUGGUGCUCUUUAAGCAAGAAGUCACUUAGAGAAGAUGAAAAAACGCAAGUACGCGGAGUGGUUCAGGGCUAGAUCUGUCUCGACGAUCGACUUGCAGCAAAUGAUUUUCCAAAAGACUUGCCAGCUGAGAGCAAUGAUCUUUGGUCUUUGAAGUGGAGGUAGAGUGCAUGAUACAAGGUUGAAAUCAAUGGCCACUUCAAGAGUGAUAGAUGAAUAUAUUAUACAUCCUCCCGGCAAGAACUCCCAUUUCCCAGUUGUGUUGUUUGGAGUGAGGGUUCGUCCAGAUCUAUCAUGCUGUCCUGUGCACCGUCUUGAUAACGAGCGAAGGGUAGUACAAAGCGAAAGGUAC